GAAAGAAGUGGUGGAUAUGGCUGCUCACUGCAAUGGGUGCUUUCGCUAUAAUACUCAUAUCAUGCUAUCUAGUACAAAGAAAGCUCAAACUAAUAGGAAAGAGAAAAAGAAGCCAGAAGAUGAUACUGUCUGAGCUAAGAGGGAAUCCAACGCAGGACACCAAAUACAGCAAAGCCAAUAAUUACAAAACAGACGAGAGGAUGAGCCAGGAAUUACACUUUUUCAGCUUUGAAAGCAUUGCAGCUGCCACUGAUAGUUUCUCAAUCACAAAUAAGCUAGGAGAGGGUGGCUUUGGACCAGUGUAUAAGGUAAACUUUGUGCACUCCUCAGCUUAAAAUGAUUUGAGAAAUCACUCAUUGGCAAUAUUUCAGGGAAGAUUACCUGAUGGACAAGAGAUAGCAAUAAAAAGACUUUCAAGAAGUUCAGGUCAAGGACUGGGGGAGUUCAGAAAUGAAAUUCUUCUAAUUUCCA